AACAGUGUUGGGCAGACAUGCAGAAAGCUGACUGAUGAACUACUGGAAAAUAUAACAAGACAGAAAUAACAGGACUGAACAAAACAUUCUCUAAUUUUGUCAGAUGUUUAAAUGCAGGCAGUGAACAGCCUCAACUACUGCUGCAGACGUCAGGAUCAAGAACUAUGGAGGAUUCCAGCCUGGUCCGAUGUGACAGCCUGGAUGCUGGAUCAGGGUGUGACAGGGAGGUGAUGACACCAAUCGACCGUUUGACCCUUGACCCUGAGGGCUCUGACCUCACAGCAAACCUCGAGCCUUCACCAGAAGAACUGGCUCAGUGUGAGGCUGAGGUGGGCACGCUGCUCAGCAUCAUUGCUGAAUUGAACAAGAAGAUGGGGUCAUUGAAGGCACCAAGUGAAUCAGGGAACCUGAGACCACCAGGACCAUCCAGACCUCUGGUUCCAGACCUUCUGUCCCACAGGCUGGCCAGAAGCAGCCCAGAGAGGAGCACUGCCUCUGCUCUCACAUCUGAACCUGCAGUGACUGGCCGAGGGGGUAGUGGCGUAGUCUGGACUAAACUCCAAGAGGUUUUAUCAUCAGUGGAGGACUCCAUCAGCUCUAAAAGGUCCUGGGCUGCCCCCAUCACAGCUUCUGACCAGGACAAGCACCAAGAGCAUCUGAGAGCGGCCCAGGAGAGCUGGGUCAAAGCCACUCAGAUAUUGGAGGACAUGGAAAGAGAGUUUGGGAUUUCAUGCCCAUCAGGCCUGCCAAAGGACCAGCAUCAGGAGGACAUGCUGGAUGUGGAGAAGCGUGACCCUGCUCUCAAAAGCACAUUGCAGAGUCACCAGGAGGAGCCGGAGCGUGAACAGAGCACCAUGAGCCCGACGGAAGAGGAGAAGAACAAGCUGGUUGCUCUCCAUAAGGCCUGGAAGUUAGGCAGUUGCUCUCCUUCCUACCGGCCCCCUUCUGGGGCUCUCAGUCCAGACUGGGCCUCUCCUCCCUUCCCUGGUUCACCUUUACUCCACAGAAGAACAGCCAGAACUGUGACACCUCUCUCUGUGGGUGGGGACGGUUCUCCACUGGGCUCAGUUAACUCAUGCAGUCCUUGUUCUAGCCCCAUCAGCCUGGAGUCAGAGACAGAACGACUAAACAGGUGCAUUGAGAGGCUGAAGGCCAGAAAUGAAUGGCUGACUGCAGCUCUGGAGCGAAGAAAGGGAGAGUCCGAACAGAUCAGUAUUACACUAAACAGACUAGAGUCUGACUGCUCUGCCCUGCAGAUGGCUCUCAGAUACUGUGAGGAGUGCGAAGAGGCCUACAGCGAGCUGCUGUCACUUUAUGACGCCAGGAAGCAGCAAAGCAUUCCUCUGCAGACAGACUUAGCAGAGGCAGUCGUUGACAGGCAGCAGCCCGACAGUCCAUCAGCUCAGCUCAGAAAAAUGGGAACUGAGGAGCUGUCCACCUCCUUCUCAACAGCAGGUGCCACAGAGCCAACGGAAACACAGAGUCACACAAGGCAAAGGACCUCUGAGCUGGUGGAGCGAGAGGCUGCGCUUCGUCAGCAAAUUGAGCGCCUGAAGAAGGACCGGGCAGCUAUUUGUCUACCUAAACCGAGUUCAGGAGUUGAGGGCAAAAUGAGCCCAGAGACUGGUCACCCGGCUGGAUCAAGAGGAGGACAUGUGACUAAAGAUAAUGCCAAACCUCCUGAUACCAAGAAAGAGAAAGCUUCCCUCUUCUAUGAACUCAUCUCUGUCAGGGAGGAGAUGUCAGAUCUGCGAGCUCUAAUCCGCCUCAAGGAGAAAGAGCUGAGAUGUCUGGAGUGGAGUUUAAUGGCCCAGAAGGCCCAGGAAGCAGCUGGAGUUUUCAUUCCAGAAAGCCUCAGAGAGGAGCUGGAGGAUCGUAAGACUGAACAACAGAGGCUCUAUGAAAAUGCAGCUAAACUGGGUAUUGAUGGAGACAUCAGCAGUCCUCGAACCAGACCCAUUAUGAAAGAGCUGCAGGCCAUCCUGCAGAGGGAACAAGCCUUGAAGAAGAGACUGGCUUUAGUCCACGACUCACUAAACACAGCUCUGUCAGACAGCAACUCCCAGAGGAGGGACAACGGAGAGCAGAUUGCUCGGCUCACACAAGCUCACAGUAAAGCCUUGAGUUCGUACCGACAGAUUCGCAGGAAGUACCGCGAGCAGGCGUGGAGGCUGGAGCAGAAGGUGGCGGCGAUGAUGGAGAGUCACAACCACCAGAGUGGACCACCAAAAACUGCAGGAGAGGCCUUGGAGUGGAGGAGGGAAGAGACCGUUCUGUGAUCCUUUAUAUCCUCAGCCUGUCAAAUGUAUCAUCUACAAUCUACAGUCCUGCUGAAAUCAAGUCGCUCCUAUGUAUUUGUUAUAGUUUGUGAAAUUAUUGCACCGUACAGAUAAAAGCCUGUAUGAUUACAUAUAUGUGGUCCACCACUUUGGCUGGGAUUGAAAUAUCAUCAUCAGCCAUUGAAUGGAUUGCCAUGAAAUUAAGUACAGAUAUCCAUAGUCUAUUGAAUACACCAGAUUUUUCAAUUUGUCCAGUUCUUUGGUUUAUAUAAUGACAUUCCCAUAAGCCUCAACUGUAGCCUACUAUGUGUAGCAAAUGUUACUAUGUUUAAAUAGUAAAUUAAGAUAGUGAACAUUGUAGACCUCCUUAUCAACAGCAUUUAUAUGCAUGCCGACAUUUAGUUCAAAGCACCGCUGUGCCAAAGUAAGCCUACAGCCUCACCACUAGCAGGUCUGUAGACUCUUUGUCUUGAGAUUACAAUAUGUUCUAAAGUGUCUUAUUUUUCUGUCCUUGAAAAGAGAUACGUACUUAUUCAUCCAUCUGUUUUUCAGCUAUAUAUCUGUCAACCCAUCACUGACAUCUACAGCCGUCCACUCAGGCAUUCAUUGGUCCUUUAGAGGUAAAUAUAGAGUAUGUAGAGCAGUAGAACAUGGAAAGUACCCUCAGUUCUGUCUUUUCAACCCUGUGUGAGAGUUAUCAAUAAACCUAACAGGAUUCCAAGGCUUAACUUGUCUAACAGGAGUCACACAUCACAAGAUGCAUGCCUUAUUUCAGAGAAACAGCUGUCAUGCAGUCAUGAAUGUGUAAGACUGAUUCAAGGACUGACCCCACUGAGGACCUCGGGACUGACCUCGAAAGCGCACAUGUCCUUUUUCCCGUAAAAACUGACUAUGAAACCGCUCCCGGCUGGCCGUGUUGUCUGGACAAAGCUCCGAGGAGGGGGAUGGGAGCCAGGACAAUGGCACACAUGAUGUGCACACAAAGUGUACGACCAGCCCAUUUGUCUUCUUAGCACUUUCAUAGUGCUCUUCAUCAUUCUCUCUCUGCCUUUCACUAUUUCCACUUCUUUUAAACCAACAUGCUCAAAAUGUGAUUUUAUUUCAGGUCUAUAAACUACACGACAAAGCUGGUUUAGUAUUGUUUAUAUAUUUGUAUUUAUUCAUAUAUUUAAAACUUGUUUUUAAAGAUUUACAACUUCAGUAGCAAUGGAUGGGCACGAGAGCCACAACAAACAUACUCAUGUGACAUGAUGGGAUUUGCAACUGUGUUGUGAUGUACUGAGGCAACAGUGACAGAUACCUGGCAAUAUUGAAAUUCAUAGUCAAAAGAUUCCUACAGUCUUACACUGUCAGACUUUAAAAAAACAGAUCAACAACAGAUUUUUAUUCUACACAUUUCUCUUCUUCUUCCUUGUCAAAACCUGCUAAAUACACGGUGGCGUUAUGCAAACAAUAUUGUGGCACAUUAGUAAAGCACUGAAUUAAAGUAUAGAUGGCAUUUAAAAUGAAAAUCUCUUUUUUUAUGAAUCCUAUCACUUACUUCAAGUCUAAAAUGUGCCAACAGGUCGAUAAAUUAUGUGCUAAUUAUAUUUAAAAUUAACCUAACCCUAACCCUAAAUAAAUGUGAUAAAUUUGACAGCAUUUGACACCAAAUUCAGAAGCAUUUACACAGAUUCAGGGGAGGCCACAGGUAGCCUCAAGCAGAGAUGAGGAGCGAGCUGCAGGGAUGUGGUAACACUGAAAUCACUUGAGGUAAUUUAUUACAUACAGCUCCCUCCGGAUCCACAAAAUGCUUCAUACAGCUUCACAUAUGCAGAAUUACUCGCCGAGACCUCGGAACAGACUGUGAUGUGUAAAAUAAGUGCAAGGAAACAUUUUUGACAGAAAUUAGGAAAAAGUGGACCAUUAACAUGAAAAAAAUUAUAUUAUUUAAAUCAUUGGAUUACAGUAUUCAAAGAAAGUAUUAAGGCAUAAACACAUUUUUGGUUUUGGUCAUUUCAUUGGAUUUGUUGCUUAAAUAAAAUGUUUGUAAUUUGGGUGUACCAAUCUUUUAAAAAAACCUAGCUUACUCUUACCUCUCUUCAUACCCAUCCAUUGCUCUUUACCUCUCACUCAUACCCCCAUUUCCCUGCCUCCAUCCUCCAUUUCCUCUCCCUCCAUCUUCUCUCCUCACUCAUCUCUCAAUCAUCCCUAUCACUUCUCCCUCCUCCAGCCGACCCCGUGCCCUGACCUACCCGAGCCGGUCAGCUGCAGCUGUGACCAGCGGUCAGGAGGUUAAGGCAAAGGUUGAGUGUCACACCCACAGGGUCACAGCGAUGCCUUGCUGUUGUGUUAGCCUGUGAAUGGAGAGUUCAGAGUGCCAGACGAGGUGGCGAGCCCCUGACGCCCUGACUGUUGCCUGAGCUUGCCCUUUCCCGGGCAGAGGUCACCUCAGAGGGCCUGUCCUUGCCGCUCGCCCCCUACCUCCAGGUCACCAUCACUAUUGUUGUAAUAGCUGCCAUUAGAGCAGAUGAUACAAUUAUCGUUCCAUUUUGUGUUCGCUCACUCUAAGAUCUAUGUUAAGCUUCUGACUUUAUCAAAGGUUUUUAAGACAACAUGAUUGUUGUAACCUCUGGGUGACUCUUGUAUGAAAGAAGCCACAUUAUGCCAGAAUGUCCCAUGCAAAGAAAAGGUAUUUUUAUCACGUAUGGCUCAAUAUAUGUGCAUAUAUUAUAUAAUAAACUUUUAAUUUAUAUACUGUUUUUUUUUUAUGUAAAAUCUUAAUUUGUAAAGUAGUAAAUGUGGCUGUAAGUGUAAAAAGAACAAUGUUUUCCACUGAAAGGUAGUGGAGUAUAAGUAUAAAGUCAAAUGGAAAUACAGAAAGUACCUAAAAAUAGUGUGUUGUAUUUGAGUAUAUAUAACAUUCCCCCCAAUAGAACUCAUUGAACUGCUGGAGGUUUCCAGCGUUUAAUGUUACUUAAACAUACUUCUAAAUUUCUUUGUUGAAUUAAUAAAACCUUGUUUUAACCUUG